AAUCACUUCUACCAACAAAAAAAACAAACCCAAGCACGCGUCUUUGUAUUCUAAUUUUGUUAAUAAAUGAUAUCUUCCCCUGUUUCUGCUAAACUUUUGCUGCAAUCUCUUGCGGUCGAAUGAAGACACUGAUGAAAGAAGGGUUCAACAAGUGGUUAUGCAAAAGUUGGACUCAAAAGUUCUGGCCUUUGCUUACAACCCAUGUCACCCAUUUAACCUUAUGUCAUUUCUUCGUUCUAUCCACGCCAGCAUUGCUGAUUCCCAUCGAUCAAUAUUUCAUUCCAAUCAACUCCUUAAUGGGUUGUCAAAAUCUGGCCGAAUUGACGAUGCCCGAAAAGUGUUUGACAAAAUGCCUCAAAAGGAUGAGUAUACGUGGAACACCAUGAUAUCUGGUUAUGUUAAUGUGGGGAGAUUGGUUGAAGCAAGAGAGCUUUUUGAUGGGUUUUCAAGUAGAAGUUCUAUAACUUGGUCCUCCCUCAUAUCCGGGUAUUGUAGAUUUGGGUGUAAAGCUGAGGCGUUUGAUUUGUUUAGGCGGAUGAGGUUGGAGGGUCAUAAACUUAGUCAGUACACUUUAGGAAGUAUUCUGAGGGUGUGUUCAGCAUUGGGUUUGAUCCGAAAUGGGGGAAUGCUUCAUGGGUAUGUGGUGAAGAAUGGAUUUGAAUCCAACGUGUAUGUUGUCACUGGCCUUGUUGAUAUGUAUGCAAAGUGCAGGCACGUUUCAGAAGCUGAGAUUCUCUUCAAGGGGUUGGCCUUUGACAAGGGAAAUCAUGUACUGUGGACUGCCAUGGUUACUGGUUAUGCUCAAAAUGGUGAUGGCCUUAAGGCAAUUGAGUUUUUUCGUUACAUGCACUCAGAAGGGGUUCAGUCCAAUCAGUUUACAUUUCCUAGCAUAUUGACUGCAUGUUCUGCCGUUUCAGAUCAUUGUUUCGGGGAACAGGUGCAUGGUUGCAUCAUACGAAAUGGUUUUGGAUGCAAUGUAUAUGUUCAAACUGCAUUGGUUGAUAUGUACGCAAAAUGUGGAGAUUUAAGUAGUGCAAAAAGGGUAUUAGAAAAUAUGGAGAAUGAUGACGUGGUUUCAUGGAACUCCAUGAUAGUUGGGUGUGUAAGACAUGGGUUUGAAGAGGAAGCCCUUCUCUUGUUUAAAAAAAUGCAUGCCAGAAGUGUGAAGAUUGAUGAUUAUACAUUUCCAUCCAUUCUGAACUGUUGCAUAGUGGGUAGUAUUAAUGCAAAAUCUGUUCACUGUUUGGUAAUCAAGACUGGAUUUGAGAACUAUAAGCUUGUUAACAAUGCUCUGGUUGAUAUGUAUGCCAAAACUGGGGACUUGAAUUGCGCGUAUGCAGUGUUUGAAAAGAUGCUUGAGAAAGAUGUCAUCUCAUGGACCUCCCUUGUCACAGGUUACGCACAAAAUGGCUCACAUGAAGAAUCUCUUAAGAUUUUUUGUGACAUGAGAAUUGCAGGGGUUAGUCCAGACCAAUUUAUUGUUGCAAGCAUUUUGAGUGCCUGUGCAGAACUGACUCUUCUAGAAUUUGGUAAACAAGUCCAUUCAGAUUUUAUUAAAUCAGGUCUAAGAUCAUCACUGUCAGUGGAUAAUUCUCUUGUAACCAUGUAUGCAAAAUGUGGAUGCCUGGAUGAUGCUGAUUCCAUUUUUAUUUCAAUGCACAUUCGGGAUGUAAUUACUUGGACAGCUCUUAUCGUUGGAUAUGCAAAGAAUGGUAAGGGAAGAGACUCCUUAAGAUUCUAUGAUGCUAUGGUUUCAAGUGGCACAAAACCAGAUUUUAUCACAUUUAUAGGAUUAUUAUUUGCUUGUAGUCAUGCUGGUCUUGUGGAUGAAGGUCGCACGUAUUUUAACCAAAUGAAAAGGAUUUAUGGAAUAGAGCCUGGUCCUGAACACUACGCCUGCAUGAUUGAUCUUUUUGGACGCUCAGGAAAGCUCGACGAGGCACGAGAAAUGCUGAAUCAAAUGGAUGUGAAACCUGAUGCAACUGUAUGGAAGUCACUCCUUGCUUCGUGUAGAGUGCAUGGUAAUAUAGAAUUGGGAGAGAGGGCAGCUACAAAUCUCUUUGAGUUGGAACCCAUGAAUGCCAUGCCUUAUGUUAUGUUGUCUAACAUGUAUUCUGCAGCACGAAAAUGGGAUGAUGCUGCGAAAAUACGAAGGUUGAUGAAAUCAAAAGGAAUAACCAAGGAGCCUGGGUGCAGUUGGAUUGAGAUAAACAGCAGAGUGCAUACAUUCAUUUCUGAAGAUAGAGGACAUCCAAGGGAAGCUGAGAUUUAUUCCAAGAUUGAUGAAAUCAUAAUAAGAAUUAAGGAAGCUGGUUAUGUUCCAGAUAUGAGUUUUUCUUUGCAUGACAUGGAUAGAGAGGGAAAGGAGGUUGGACUUGCUUAUCACAGUGAGAAACUGGCUGUUGCUUUCGGAUUACUCACUUCUUCACCUGGUGCACCAAUUCGGAUUUUUAAGAAUCUGAGAGUUUGUGGAGAUUGUCAUUCUGCUAUGAAAUAUAUCUCAGGAGUUUUUACUCGUCAUAUCAUACUGAGGGACUCAAAUUGCUUUCAUCAUUUUAGAGGAGGAGAAUGUUCAUGUGGGGAUUACUGGUAGGAUUUCUUUUCAAUCUUAAUAUACUAGUCAUUCAUUCAGUUUCAAGGGGAAUUGAUACACGCCAGUUUCAAGCUUAUAGGGCAUUGUUACACAAUUUUUCUGUGUUUCUGUUGUACUAUCAUCAAGGUUAAAUUCAUUUUUUAUUUGAGAAAUAAACCUUGUUUUAGAAUAUUGAGAGCUUAAUGCAUACAGACAUGGAUCUUGAGACAGGAGGAAGCAAAACUUAUUUUUAUUAACAAAGUUA